UGUACAACAGGUAUUUAUGUUUUUGUGUUUUUAUGUUAACAAAUAUGGUGGAUGGUCAAAGAAAAGAGUAAAUCAGAUAAACCAGUCUAUUUCAACUACAAUCAACAGCACUGAACUCCUUGUUGGAAAUCUUAUCUACAUCAUUCCCAUCCCGUCAGUCUGGAAAAAUUAAAGUCAGAAUGGACACUCAAGAAGAAGCCGAGAUCCAUUCAACAGUACAACAAAACCAGCCCAUCAAACAAUCCUCUGCACCGCCUUCCUCUAACCAGGAAAUAGCUUCAACCAUGGCCGCGAAGGUGUCCACAAAAGAAAAUGUUGGGAAUAUCAGCAUUAAUUUAAAUACUUCUCCCACUCAACCGCAACCUCCUCCAUACCAACCACCUCAACCUCAGGCAGUAUAUGCACCACCACCUCAAGCCACGUACCAACCUCAACAUGUCGUAUACCAAGCGCAGCCUCAAGGUCAAGCUGUCUUUGUUAGCACACAACCAGUGCAACGUGCACCUGUUGUGACACAGCCACAGCCAGCCGUGAUCUGUGUUAAUAACCUUGGUGACACUUCAUGCAUGACAACAUGCAACAACUGUCAACAGAGAGUCACAACCCGUGUCAUCUAUAAGUCUGGGACCUUCUCUUGGGUGAUGUGCUUUGUGUUCAUCUUUUUUGGGCUUUUUUGCGGAUGUUGCCUUUUGCCAUUUUUCAUGGAUAGUUUCAAAGAUGCACAUCACAGCUGUCCUCAGUGUCACACCAACCUCUAUGUCCACAAAAGGAUGUAAUGUGUGGUCUGACUCCGUGAAAACACUGGAAGCCAAAUAUCCUGUCACCACAAAAAGCCAUGAGAGACCUCACAUCUGGAGAAGUGCUGCAGCUCUUAAGGCUCAAAUGUCACGCAACCAUAAAAAUACACCUUUAGCGCCCUCUACUGUCUAAUUCAAAUCAUUGUUUUCGGCACUUUCAGAUCCGUCUUUUGAGUUUGACUAAUGUUGACUUAUUCCACUAGUAAGGUGUGACUGUAUUGUAACUGUAAAUGUAAAUUGC